AUGGACAACAACCUCUCUCCUCGCUACACAACAUGCACUGGCUCGAAACAGUGGUAUGUGUGUUCAGCGGGCAAUUACAGAGGAUGCUGCUCUACUGAUCCAUGCACAACGGGGAUUUGUCCUGAUGACAGUCAAGGAGCGGUGUCCUCGGCAAAUGCUUCGACUUCAUCGUCUCUGAGCUCCUCGACUUCUACCGCAAAUACGAGUACAAGGACGAGCACGAGGACAAGCUCGAGCUCGAGCUCGAGCUUGGGCAGUGAUACCAGUACAUCAUUUCCGACAGUAACACAAUCUCCUACUUCGUCUAGUAGCUUCACGUCUUCCAUUUCGUCGGCCUUGUCAAAGACCACAACCACGAGCGCAGAGACGUCUCAAGCCCCGACGCUUGCUUCAUCUCCAAGUCCUGCGGCUGUGUCUUCGCCAUCGAGUCAACAAUCCUCCAGUAAGGCACCUAUUAUCGGAGGCGUACUUGGAGCAAUCGUGGCCCUCAUUCUCGCCCUUCUGCUUUGCUGGUGCUGUUGGCGUAAGAAGCGGAAAUCCGGUCGACCAUAUGGCGAUUUUACAUGGCGCUCUUUGCGCAAGAGAUCUUCAAGUCAUCAAAACGGCUCCUCCUCUGGAUUGAAGACUGAACUCUCGCUUAUCGAGAAAAGAGCAGGUCAAUCCCUUGAUGGCUCACUGCAAGGCUAUCAAAGAACUUCUCCAUCGUCGAGCUCAAACUCCAACGAGCAAGACCAUUACUCGACCGAUAACUCAAUCACGGGUUCAGGCACACCCGCUCCAAGUGUCUCGAUCAACUCAUCUGCCCUCUCCACUCUGAGCUCCGGGUUCCUCACAACCUCCUCCGGAGGCCUCGUCCACGUCCAAGCCCAGCAAAGAGUCCCUCCUCCACUCAGCGAAAUGCCAGGCACAAUCCCCCGAAUCGAUCCACCGGCCGCCGAGCUCUCAGACACGGGAUUCUACAGACAACGCGCUGAGCUGCCGGCUCAGUCACAGAGGGAACUCAUCAAUCUUCCACCGGAAAGCAGACGGCGCGGAGGAAGUCCCCUUGCACCAGGCCUAUCUCGAAUCGUUCCCAUGAGCUCCAGCAUAAGAAGCCCUGGUUUUGAAAAUCCACCAGGCCAAGCAGCGGAUGACACGGUAAAUGCACGAUUGAAUCAUCGCCAAACUGCGCGAAAAGUCGUCACCCACGAAGGAAUCGUCCUGGGCUCGAAUCUACAGCAGUAUUCUCCAGUCGUCAGGUCGGAGUCGCCGCGUCUCCUGCGAACGCAGAGUAGUUCCGCUGGACGCCAUGUUAUGAGUUUUAUGACGUUUGGUGCUGAGUCUUCUAACGCGACUACCGCCACGGUCCCGGCUCGGGUCCAGGCACAGGCACCGGCACAGACAGUCCAGCUCGCUGCCGCAGAAUCUCCGAGGCAGGGCGGUCGUCGGAAAGAUCCACAGGCAUCGAGAGGGAUCCUGGAGAGCCAUGCAGAAGAGAAUGAUGAUCUGGGCGAAGAGGCACCACCUGCUUACCAGGCCGGGCAAAUGUCACCGAGACGGGAGGAAAAGUCUCCGUCGGGGACAAGCAUGAGGCAGUGA